CUACACCACUGUCUUCUCUCCUCAAGUGUGCAGGUCUGGGACAAGGACCAGGAUUGGGUCCAGGUCCCGUUCCACAGACGUGGAGGCAGAGAAGGUGAAGUGGUGGUGGUGAUGCAGCACCGGUCCAGCUGGCAGAAGGAGCUGAACCUGAACCAGGGAGACCUGAUACAGGUCCUGUUUAAGGAGGACGAGGCCUGGUGGUUUGGACAACGGAGCGACGGAAAGGAGGGUUACUUCCCUGCAGCCUGCGUGGAGCCGCUCCAGGGCGGAGAUUCCUCUAGAGCUCCGCCCAUGUUGCUGAGGAGGGGUUCGGUACCGGUGGCCACAAUGACAGAAGCAGCCCCCAGCGGUGGAGCUCGCACUGGUUUUCCGAGGCUGCUGAGGAAAACCAGCCUCCGCCGGCAGCUCGGACUCGAUGGAAACCUGGCGCCGCUGGCUCCGCCUCCUCAGGGCUCCCCCAGCCUCCUUCACCGCGUCCUCGCCAAGUCCAGGAGGAAGAGUUGUCCCCACCUUCCACACACCGGCUCCAUCAACACCACCUUCCAGAUGGACUGACCUGGCCACGCUCUCAGUACUUCUGUUGACACACUACCAAGGCUGCCCAGUGGAUGUCCAAGUUCCAAACCCAGGUCAUAUCUGAGGUUCUGAUCCGCCAAAGAGUCUCAAGUUCUUGACGUGUUAAGAGUUCAGUUCCAGCUCGUGUCCAAGACUUUGAUAAUUAAAUAUCUUUUUUAAGGUCAUAAUCUCUAUAAAAAGUAUGAUUUUAAUUCAUUUUCUUUUGCCACACCCAAGAAGCAGAGACAAUGAGUAGCUGGCCAAUCGGAUCGGGCCACAAGCCACAUUCACAUAGUACAGGAUCCUGUAGAUGACGAUCCCAUAGACCAGUGGCCCCCAACCCUUUUGCCUUACCGACCGCUUUCAUGUUGGACAAUAUUCUGCGGACCGGCCUUGGAGGUGUGGUGCACAAAGACGUCGGGGUGUAGUCGGAACGGGCAAUUGUAAAUGUCAAAGAAAACCGCUUGGGAAAUAUGUUGAGGGACGAGCGCACGAGAGAAUCGGUCAAUUUCCAAAAUAAAACUAUAUAUAUAUAUAUAUAUAUAUAUAUAUUGUCUGUGGUGCGGCCCGGUACCAAAUGGCCCACUGGUUGGGGACCUCUGCCAUAGACGACGUGGUAGAAGUUUCAGUCCCGAGUGGUUCUGCUCAGCUUAGAGAUCCGUAGCAAUCACAUGGAUUUACUACUGUGUGAUGAACACAAAGCAGGAUAUCGGAGUGUGAAAAUAAAACUUUUAUUUCUCACCACAUA